AUGAAUCAAUUACCUUUAUAUAUACAAUCGAUUAUAUUAUUUAAAUUUAAUCCUCAUUUUGGUUUGAAUGAUACAAGAACCAAAGUACAAUUAUCUCAUGAGGAUACCUAUUGUAUCUCUGCAUCACGUACAUUGUCGAGGAGUAGUGUAGCUCCAUUGUUUCUAGUCUCUAAACAUUGGUUUAGUGUACUUUCUACGAUGGCUUCUCGUACAGUAUCUCUGAUUACCAUCGGUGGAAUGAACAGCCAUCUCUCAUCACCACAUUCGUUUCUCUCACUUGAAAGUAUACAAACACUUCAAAUCACAAACAAUAAUAUCGAUGAAACAAACAUCGAAUCGGUACUAAAGUUGUUGAAUCACAUGACAUCACUCGUAUGCAUACAAUUCAGUAACGCAUCACAAUCCUAUGAUAUCAAAGCUAUCAUAUCUCUAUUGAAACAAGGCGGCAUCAAUAAGAAGAUCAAAUUUAAAGGUUUAAUUUGGUUAUAUCAACAAGAAAUAGAUCAAUUCAAUCAUAAUUAUGAUAAAGACGAAUUGGAGAUUGUGGAGUUAUUGUUUCACCAUUCUUUUGAUGAUCAGAGAUACUUUCAGAUUGUAGAGAAUGUGAGACCGACAACUGUCAAUUGUUAUACAUCUGGUAAUGCAUGUAUGUCAUAUGACCGACUUUUUAGAAUAGAUAGUAUCACCGACCUCGAUGUGACUAGCACUCCUGUCCCAUUCAAAUUUAUAAACGUUGCAUUGCAAUCAAAGUCACUUUUAUCACUCAGACUAAAGGCACCCGUACACACUUGGUUUCAAGAGUCUGCACCAACCGUCUCGAUUGACUGCAACUUGACCAUGCAACAGUAUUCAGUGGCAAGAUCACGUCAUGGUACAAGUGACUAUGGGUUUGUUAAAACGAUCGACACGGAAACUGUCAAUCCAUCAUUGAUAGAAUUUUCAAGACUAUUACAUACCAAUCAAACAUUGACACGUCUUGAAUUCAAAUCAUAUUGUACUCGUGAUCACACUAGUAGUAGUAGUGGUGGCAGUGGCAGUGAUGAGUCAAGGUACUCUCCAAACAAAAUACUCACCGAUUGUUUUGCCACUCUGUUUGAGAAUAAUCAAACAUUAAAACAUCUCAGUUUGGCAGAGGUUGAUUAUUUGGAUCAAAGAUUCUUUUCAUCCCUUGCCACCUGUAAAUCUUUACAAUCUCUUGCCAUUUUAUUUAGUGACUCUACCCAUCAAUUCAAAAAACAGAGUGUCGAAUGGAUCUCUCAAUCAUUGCCGUUCAACAAAUCACUCAUUCUUUUAGAUUUACAUUUAUCCAAUUCUACUACCGAUACCAACCUUUUAGAAUCAUUAACCAAUAUUCCAAAUAGAAAUUAUUUAGUAAUUUUCAACUUAUAUAUAUCUCCUCAAAAAGAUCAAGUUUAA